AUGACAUUAAAUGUCGGAAAACGCGCAUGCCUCGAAGAAUGGGCCGGACGGGUUCUCAAGAAAGAUGUUUCCUUAAUCGACAUAAAGAACUGGAGCCUUUAUUUUGAACUCCUAGACAAAGCGUUUGAACGAAGACCCAAAGGAACAUUUGAAAACAACGCUGAGUCUGUAAUCGACCGACUUAAUGUGGGGUUACGCGUAAACCCAAAAGUUUUUAUGGAUGCCGCAUUUAAACUGCCACCAUCGCUUCACGUGGAUGUUGUGCAAAUGGUAAAACCGCUUAUCGAGGGAAACUCGGUCUCGUUAUCAUCUUUCGAUACUUUGCUUUCCUUCCCCGCCUCCCUCAGUUCACCGGAGUGCACGCGCUUUGACCAGCUUCCGUCCUUUCCUCUAACUUGUCCUCCGGCUUCACGACCCGAUCGUCUGUCUGAUCUCUCUACUAAUAAGUUUGAUGAAAACUCACAGCCUGCCUUGUCUGAUAGCCUACCUGGCUUUGUUACUCCAUUCCACCGAACAUUGCCUUCUUCAGUGACCAAGAUGAGGCGCUAUAUGACGCCUGAUAACAUAAAACUGGGAGCGGAAUUUACUUCAAACGGAUCCCCGUUAUGUUCCCUGCAGAACAUCCUUGAGUCACCUCAGAUGGCUCAGAAGAAUUUAUUAGUAUCAAAGUUGGAUGAGAUUCGCAGCCUAAAGUUAAAACUGGCUGAACAACGGGACCUUUGUGAGGAAUUGCAAAACGACAACUGUCGCCUGGAAAAAUCUGCUGUCGACAGUGAUAGACGCAUUGCAGAACUGGAGCUGCGCGUAAGGGCCAAGGAAACCGAAUUAACCGAUCUUCGAGAUGAAGCCGAGGAGGCCAAGUUCUUGCGUACUGAAAAGGAAAAUUUGGAGCAUCAAAACUCUCGGUAA